AUUCUCUGAUAUUCAUUCUGUACAAUAUGGCGACACCGAAAUAGUCAACUGUGAAAAAUCGUGUCGAAAAUAGUGAAAAUAACGUGUUUUUUGUGUGUUUAAGGAUUGCUACUAAAAUUAAGGAUCACAGAUAAUGCAAUCCUCUAGCCAAGGCCGUUACGGGUACGCUGGCUACCAAGGCUAUCCCUACGUCAACCCCAUGGUGACAGAUGUGCCAACUAUAGACGCUGAGACUGCGUCAAGAUGGGCCAACCUACCGAGGAGACCCAUGCAAGGAGGGUCGGCGGUCGUUGGUGCUGCCAGUAGCGCUAGCAGGGCGGUUAAUAGUCCACAGGCAGCCCCCUCUCAAUCAGAAGAGACGGUACCUCCGAAACAAGACCCGGACGUUAACCCAGUGGUCUACAUCGAUCUACCAGAGGCUGGCAGCGAGGUCUCCAGGAGCAUUGAGAGUCCUGGAGAUGUUGAACCGGAGUUUGUUCAGGACACAAUAAUGUACGAUCCGUUCGAGAACCGGCGCAUAGAUGUGCCCAAGGACGACACGAGGUCUAUAAUGUCCUCCGACUCCGAAUCCUCGUAUCAUCCACCAGCCAGACCAGCUGUCAGGCCUGACACCUUGAACUUAGUGGGGGCUGGCUCUAGCACACCCCAACCAGGUACUUCACGACAAACCCCCGGUCUACCCAGCUUCAUGUUGAAAGAGAGUCAAGUUUACGGGGGCGAUGGAGCUGACGGGUUUCCUCUGUCUCCCAUACCGAUAUCAGAGUUCCCUGAACCUCCCCCGGCAUACACGGAGAUGUCUCCCCAAGUUGCGACUCCUAGGGAGACUCCUAUUGUAGAGCCUUUGAGGGUUGAAACUCCUCAGGGACCGAGGACUCAAGUUAUACUGCCAAAACCACCAAGCCCAGUGAUAGCGAGCAGUCCAGUGGGCGCACAGAACUAUGACCGCAAGUACCUGAUCUGUCAUCACUGCGGCUCCCGAGUCUAUACCCUGGUGGUCAGAGAAAAUGGCGCCUUAACACACAUGAUCGCGUGUAUUAUAUUAUUUUUGUUUUUCCCAUUCCUGAUUUGCGUGUACUGCCUAGACUUCUUCAAAUAUAAGAAUCAUUAUUGUCCAAAUUGUAACAAGCUGAUUGGCUACGAGACACCUAUUGUGGGGGAAAAAGUUAACUAUGUUACUUAACUAAUUUAUAACAACGAAUGUUAAUAUUUUAAUUUAAUGUUACACUUGAGAGCUAAGAGUUGAGCUAGUUAUGUAUAUAUUUUAAAUGUUAUUUUGACGAAAACAAAAGGAUUUGUAGACAGACUUUCAUCUUCAGAGUUAUUUACAAAAAAAAAUGUUAUAAAAGAAGAAUUUCCACUAAAACUGAAAAGCGUCAAAAAACUCGUCAUCGCUGUCGACCGGGAGCGUGGCCAAAAAAGCUGGUAACAUUGCUGUAUCAUCAUCAUCAUCAUCAUCAUCAGCCUAUCGCAGUCCACUGCUGGACAUAGGCCUCUCCAAGUGCACGCCACUGAGAUCGAUGAUCGAUUGUUGUAUGGCAAUGCUUAUUCUUUGUCCAAGGUAAUUUGUUGCCAGCCUUUUGGUCACGGGAGGCGUCUACCAGCCGUUUGGAAAGCUCAGAGAGACAGACAUGAUUUUCAUCUCUUGUUGAAAAUUACUCAUUCAAAUCAUUUUAAUUCAGACUUUUCAUGAUUAUUUGAUUUUGUGUUGUAUAUCAAAUAAACUGACUUAAUUUGAAGCACUUAAGUGUAAAAGAGAGAGAUUUUUUAUUCGUGAUCCUGUACCUAUUUAGUUUUAGGAAAAAAGUAAUAUAUUCUAUAAAUAUACCUGUGUAAAAAUGCAAACUGUAAUUGUUAUCUUAUAUUACAAGUUUAUGAUUUUUUUUUUAAGUAGUUUUCGUUAAUUUUAAGUAGGUAAUAAAUGUAAUUUCAUAAAAUAAAUUAAUAAUUUGUUUAAAAUGCGUUCAUUUGUUAAAUUAGGAUUCAAAGUCGGUUGCAAAAAAUCGUCGUUCAAAUUGUUUAUGUUUUAGCUACUUUAUAUAAGAUAUGCUUUUGAUAAGAUUGAAGUACAUAUAAAAAUAAUUUGAGCAUUUCAUGUAAACGUCUCGUGUAAUUUACGAAAUAAUUGAAUUUUAAUGAAAUCAAUGUACAGUGAUCAGCCCGCUAUUGGCGUAUAAUAAAUGACUUGAUAAUAAUCAAAGUAUAGACACUUACAAUGGACAAAAACUAUUUUAAGAUACACAACAUACAAACAAAUAUUUUAUUCUCUUCACAGACUGAUUUAAUAUACCUCUAGAAUGGGUCCAAAUUAUUAAACCAUUGUCAGUAGAACGAAUGAGAUCAAAAUUUUGAUAUCUUGUAUUUCUGGGAAUUUUCAUAUUUAUGUUUCUUCUAUACGUAUACUCUUUAAGAAAAAGGGUAAAAAAUAGUACCUACAGCGAUCUUUUUUUGUUUUCCAUAGAUAACUAGUUCACAUUGCUACUCGUAAGUAUACUAUUUGUGAUAUAUAACACAAAUACCUAUUAUAAAAAAAUAUAUUUUAUAUGUAUUAUAGAAUUUA